ACUGACAGCUUGUGCCUGUCUCUUGUGGAACCUGCAGCCCAGCAGCCAUGUCUUCACUGUGGAGGAACCUGAAGGCAUCUCGUCCCCUCCUGUCUCCUCACCUCUCCUCUGUGGGUCCACGUCCUGCUGCAGAUGCUCCCCAGGCUUCGUGCCUGAAUCCCCGCAGAGAGUCCUCCGGGAGACGCUUCAAUGUUCCGCCCAGCGCAGAGUUCGUGGCCCGGGUGUCGGGGAUCCCCACCAUGGCCAAGCUGCCCUUCCAGGAGACCGCGGACGGGCUGGACGCUGCGUUCAUCGGAGUCCCGAUCGACACCGGGACCUCGAACCGGCCCGGAGCCAGGUUCGGUCCCCGUCACAUCCGGGUGGAGUCGGCCAUGCUGAGGUCGUACAACAGUGGCACCAGGGCGGCGCCCUACGAGUCCCUCAUGGUGGCCGACAUCGGGGACGUGAACGUGAACGUGUACGACCUGAAGGACACAUGCAAACGCAUCAGGGAGGCGUACAGGACGAUCCUGGCCACCGGCUGCAUCCCUCUGACGAUGGGUGGCGAUCACACGAUUGCAUAUCCAAUCCUGCAAGCUGUCGCUGAGAGGCAUGGUCCGGUGGGUCUGGUCCAUGUGGACGCUCAUGCUGACACCAGUGACGUGGUCCUGGGGGAGAAGAUUGGACACGGGACUCCAUUCAGACGCUGUGUGGAGGAAGGGCUGCUGGACUGUAAGAGAGUGGUGCAGAUCGGCCUGAGGGGCUCAGGCUACUCUGCCGACUCGUACGAAUGGAGCCGGGCGCAGGGUUUCCGUGUGGUCCAAGCAGAAGAGUGCUGGUUCAAAUCUCUGGCACCCCUGAUGGCUGAAGUCCGGGCUCAGAUGGGCAGCGGUCCAGUUUACCUCAGCUUCGACAUCGAUGCUCUUGACCCCGGCUUCGCUCCUGGAACAGGAACACCAGAGAUAGCCGGACUCACUCCCAUCCAGGGAGUUGAGAUUAUCCGAGGCUGUCGUGGUCUGAAUCUGGUCGGAUGUGAUCUGGUGGAGGUGUCACCACCUUAUGACACCACAGGGAACACUGCACUGACGGGGGCCAACCUCCUCUUUGAAAUGUUGUGUGUCCUCCCAAAAGUUAUAUAUCACUGAUCAGGACACACAAUCAAGACCUGAACACUAAAUCAAGUUCUGCUGAAUCAGCUGGUAUCAAGGGGAAAUCCUUCCUUUAAUCAAUCAAAUAAAUCUUUUCGAUUAAAACCAUCGAUGGGAUGAAUUCAGUAUUGAAACCAACAGAGAUGUCAUUUACACCAACUUGCCAAAGAAAUUCAUAACUACGGCCACUUUCAUAAAUCAAUAUAUAUUUACUUUGUAUUUCAAGCUGCUUGUUCGACAAAAUGUUUAAAUACAC